AUGAUUCAUAAAUCAAAUUCAUUUCCAAUUAAUUUAUCAUUAUCAGGAUGUGGUUUUUUAGGCUUAUAUCAUAUCGGUGUUAUAUGUGCAUUUAAAGAACAUGCACCGGAAGUUCUUGAUAAUAAAAUGGCUGGUUGUUCAGCUGGUGCACUUGUUGCUGCAUGUGCAAUGAGUGGUUGUUGUUUAGGACAAAUGUGUAGUGAUGCACUUGAAAUAGCUAUACGUGCACGAAGUCGGGCAUUAGGACCAUUACAUCCAACAUUUAGUAUUGUUGAUAUUAUACGUAAUGGUUUACGACGAAUUCUUCCACCAAAUGCACAUGAAAUAUGUACAGGACGUUUAUAUAUAUCAUUAACACGUUGGAAAGAUAAUAAAAAUGUUGUUAUUAGUCAAUUUCAUAGUCGUGAAGAACUUAUUCAAGUACUUAUUUGUUCAAGUUUUGUACCUUAUUGGUCUGGAAUUAUUCCACAUAAAUUUCGUGGAGAAUAUUAUUGGGAUGGUGGUUUAACAAAUAAUAAUCCAAUAAUUGAUGAAGGAACUAUUUUAGUAUCACCAUUUGCUGGUGAAAGUGAUAUUUGUCCACGAGAUGAAUCCGGAUCUUUUUAUAGUGUUGAUUUUCGAGGUACAGAUAUUUCGUGUACACAAGAAAAUUUAUAUCGUAUGACUCGUGCUUUAUUCCCACCGAAUUUAUCCGUUUUAAAACAAAUUUGUUGGCGUGGUUAUAUUGAUGGUUUAAAAUUCUUACAAACACGAAAUAUGAUUAAAUCUACACAUUUAAGUACAAAAGCAACGAUAUCAUCUGUACUUGGAAGUGAUUAUAGUGAACCUGCUAAUGAUGAAGAAAGACAAUUACGAAAUGGUGGAAUUGUCGAAGAUGUUGGUAGAAUGUAUGAAGAAUUAGAUGAUGUUGAAGAGGAAGAUUCAAUGGAUGAUGGUGAUGAAUAUUUAUCAGAUAAAGAUAUACAAAAAGAAAAGUGUGAAAUAACAUUUAGUCCAUUUUGUGAAAAAGUAACAAGAAAAAAAGAAUUACCAACACCACUUUUUGCAGUAUUUGCUCAUGCAAGACAAAAAAUAGAAGAUCCAAUUGGACGAUAUUUUACAGAAUCAAAUCUUUAUAGAAUUUGGUCAUUUAUGGCUUUACCAGUAACAUUACCAAUUGAUCUUACAUAUGCAAUAACAAAAAGAAUGUUCGGAUUAUUUCGUUCAUCGCCUUCAACUGAACAAUCAUCGAAUACUGCAAUAAAUUUUAUCUGGUCACUUUUUGGUGAUAAUGAUGAUAAAUAUUGUUAUCAUGUUAAUGAUUGUGAAUGUACGGAAAGUCGUGUAUCAUCAUCACAUAAUCGUCAUCGACGUCGUUUUCCUUCUCGAAUAUAUCAACGUCAAGCAAGCGCACCAUUAAGUACAUUUACUUCGACAUCUUAUCGAUCAGAUUCAUCAAGUGAUAAUGAUGAUGAUGAUGAAGAAGAAGAAGAAGAUAUUUUAACAGUAAAUAAUGAUGAAAUAUCCCCAGGACAUUUACCACAACCUGAUAUAGUUCAAUCAACUAUGAACGAAGGAUAUUGUCAUCAUUUACAACAGAUGGCUGAUUUAUCAAAUCAACAACGAUUUAAUAAUACACAGUCCAUACCGUUUUUUGGUAAAGAUGAUCAUGUAAUUAAUACCGAAACUAGUCAAACGCCAACGACAUCACUUGAAAAAACACUUUUAUUUAAUUAA